CUCCACCACUUCUUUCCUUGUAGCAUCCACCUCCUAAAUCAAGAGAAAAGCAAAACACCUCCCUCUCUCUGUCUCUAUUCCUUCGUCCUACCACCAAACACGUACACAUAAUAAUACAUAUAUCAAGACAACAUGCCUGUCGAUACUUCAUCACUUCCAUGCCAAGGCCAAACUGUCUGUGUCACCGGGGCUGGUGGCUUCAUUGCUUCAUGGAUUGUUAAACUUCUUCUAGAGAAAGGUUACUCUGUUAAAGGAACUGUGAGGAACCCAGCUGAUCCCAAGAAUUCCCAUUUGAGGGAGCUUGAAGGAGCUCAAGAAAGAUUAACUUUAUGCAAGGCUGAUCUCCUUGAUUAUGAGUCUCUUAAAGAGGCUAUUCAAGGGUGUGAUGGAGUUUUCCAUACUGCUUCUCCUGUCACAGACGAUCCAGAGCAAAUGCUGGAGCCAGCAGUGAAUGGAACCAAGAAUGUGAUCAUGGCAGCAGCUGAGGCCAAAGCCCGACGAGUGGUUUUCACGUCUUCAAUUGGUACUGUGUACAUGGACCCCAAUAGGAGCCCUGAUGUUGUCGUUGAUGAAUCUUGCUGGAGUGAUCUUGAGUUCUGCAAGAACACCAAGAAUUGGUAUUGCUAUGGAAAGACUGUGGCGGAACAGGAUGCAUGGGAUGUGGCUAAGAAGAAUGGAGUUGACCUAGUGGUGGUGAACCCAGUGCUGGUGCUUGGACCAUUGUUGCAACCCACUGUCAAUGCUAGCAUCGUUCACAUCCUCAAGUACCUAACCGGCUCAGCCAAGACAUAUGCUAACUCUGUUCAAGCUUAUGUGCAUGUUAAGGAUGUGGCACUAGCCCACAUUUUAGUCUUCGAGACACCUUCCGCCUCUGGCCGUUACAUUUGCGCUGAGAGAAUGCUCCACCGUGGAGAGGUGGUGGAAAUCCUUGCAAAGUUCUUCCCGGAGUAUCCCAUCCCCACCAAGUGUUCAGAUGAGAAGAACCCAAGAAAACAACCCUACAAGUUCACAAACCAGAAGAUCAAGGAUCUGGGCAUCGAAUUCACCCCAGUGAAACAGUGCCUGUAUGAAUCUGUUAAGAGCUUGCAGGAAAAGGGUCACCUUCCAAUCCCAAAACAAGCUGAAGACUCUGUGAAAAUUCAACAAGGACUCAUUUAUUAGGAGGGGACGUACAUGUCCACACCCCAUGUGUGGUUGUAGUUGUUUGCAAAAUACAUACUAGGGAAAAGAAUAUACUAAAGAAGAAUGUAGAGUGCAAGUGUUACUAAGACCUCUAAUUGUCUUUUCGCUUAGUUUAAUCAAUGUUUUAAUCUUCUAAUUAAUCAAUUAUUGGAUGUAACUUUCGAGUGUUCCACUUUGUUGUUGUUGUUGUUGUUGUCUAAGUUUAAUUCAAUUUCAAUAUGGAAUCAUUUUUAGGGAAA